AGACACAACUACCGUGAUAAAACAAAGACACACAAGUUCCAUUGUAACAUCGUUCGUCAAACUCCAAAUUUCUCAGCAAUAAUAAUGGCGAGGAAUCGAAACACAAGAACCAAAACUACCUUCUUCUUCUUCACCCUCUUCACUAUCACAGUCUUCUGUUACUUCACCCCUGUCUUUGGCUUUGGUUCUUCCCCUUCACUUCCCUCUCACUCCCACCAUGAUCACUCUCACCACAAUCAAGUUACUGCUCGAAAGUUUGAGAUUGCCAAUGACAUGUUUUGGAAAGAUGGACAGCCAUUACAGAUUAUUGGUGGUGACUUGCAUUAUUUUCGGGUUCUCCCAGAGUACUGGGAAGAUAGAUUAUUGAGAGCAAAGGCUUUGGGUUUGAAUACUAUCCAAACUUAUGUUCCUUGGAAUUUACAUGAACCAGAACCUGGAAAGCUAGUUUUUGAGGGGAUUGCAGAUAUAGAAUCAUUUCUCAAGCUCUGCCACAAACUUGGCUUUCUUGUCAUGCUUCGAGCUGGGCCUUAUAUAUGUGCAGAAUGGGAUUUGGGGGGUUUCCCUGCCUGGUUACUUGCCAUAGAGCCAGCUCUCAGACUAAGAACAUCAGAUCCUGCUUUCCUCCACUUAGUGGAAAGAUGGUGGGAAAUCCUACUUCCAAAGGUAGUUCCUCUUCUCUAUGAAAAUGGAGGCCCCAUUAUAAUGGUUCAGAUUGAAAAUGAAUUUGGUUCAAAUGGAAAUGACAAAGCUUAUCUUCAUCACCUUGCCACCUUGGCCCGGGGUCAUCUUGGAGAUAAUACAAUUUUGUAUACUAUAAAUGGAGGGACAAGGGAGAAACUUGAUAGAGGAACAAUUCGUGAAGAUAAUGUCUUUUCAGCGGUUGACUUCCCAACUGCUUCUGAUCCUUGGCCAAGAUUUGAGUUACAAAAGGAGUUCAAUGCCCCUGGAAAGUCACCACCACUUUCAGCGGAGUUUUACACAGGUUGGCUUACACAUUGGGGAGAGAAGAUUGCAGAGACUGAUGCUGAUUUUACAGCAUCUGUCCUCGAAAAGAUUCUGGCAAGAAAUGGUUCUGCAGUGCUAUAUAUGGUACAUGGUGGUACAAAUUUUGGAUUCUAUAAUGGGGCGAAUAGGGAAGAUGAGUCUGUUUACAUGGCUGAUAUCACUUCCUAUGAUUAUGAUGCACCGAUUAGGGAAUCUGGUGAUGUAGACAAUGCAAAAUUCAAAGCACUUCGAAGGGUUAUAAAGGCAUACAGUGCAGUGCCUCUUCCUUCAGUUCCUUUCAAUAAUGAAAAGACAGGAUAUGGGCGUAUUCACUUACAGAAAAAAGAGUUUUUGUUAGAUAUAGUUGAUAGGAUAAGUUCAACUGAUGUAGUUGAAUCUGAAAACCCAAUGUCAAUGGAGUCUGUGGGACAGAUGUUUGGGUUUUUGUUAUAUGUCUCUGAAUAUGCUGCAAAGGAUGAUGGGAACAUUCUGUACAUACCAGAGGUGCAUGACAGAGCUCAAGUUUUUAUAUCAUGCUCUUCUGAAGAUAAUGGUGGAAGACCUAUAUAUGUUGGCACAAUUGAAAGAUGGUCAAAUCUAACACUUGGCCUUCCUAAAACUGAAUGUGUCUCCAACAUCAGCUUAUAUCUACUGGUUGAAAAUAUGGGUCGCAUAAACCAUGGCAACUACAUUUUUGACAGGAAGGGUAUUUUGUCUUCUGUUUAUCUGGAUGAGAGAAUUCUAAACCAAUGGAAAAUGAUCCCAAUUCCUUUGAACAACCUGAAUGAGGUCCCAAAAACCAAUCCCAUCAUUCAGUUUGCAUAUUCCGAGUUCACAGAUGUAUCAGCUCACAGAGGAGCCAAAGAGAAUGUUACAAAAGAACCAGCAUUCUAUGUCGGCCGUUUCUCUAUUGACAAAGUAAACCUUGUUAAUGACACAUUCAUAUCAUUCAGAGGUUGGGGUAGAGGGAUUGCAUUUGUCAAUGGAUUUAAUAUAGGAAGAUAUUGGCCGUUGAAGGGACCACAAUGCAACCUUUAUGUCCCUGCUCCAGUUCUUUGUCACGGGGAAAAUGUUGUGGUUGUACUUGAGUUAGAAUCUCCAAAUGCUGAGCUUGUGAUAGACUCAGUUGAUCAGCCAGACUUCACAUGCACAUUAAGUAAAUCAAACUUGCAUCGGCUGGAACAAACCACGUACACCAUUUAAUACAGAUUACUUUGGUCCUUUUGCUUGAAAACAUGGAAAGGUGGAGCUUUUGAUCUUAAAUUUGGUCCUCGAGACCUCUCGAAGAUCUCUUCCAUGCGUGGUUGUCUAUAGCAGAGAAGAAUGUACCAUUUCUUGUAAUACCCCUUAAACCAAA